ACUCGUGAAGAAUUGAUAAGAACGGGCUAAACACGUGUAUACAAACAUGGGCAAAAGAAAUAGAGGAAACCAAGAGAUAAGCAAUUUAACUAAGAAACAGAAGAAACAUCUAAAGGAAUUUGGAGAACAGCACCCUUUUCACGAUAAUGUUGUCGACAGGCCCGAAAAAACACAAAUAUUGCGCUUGCCUCACACACCAGAGCGCCCUGAACCUGAGAUUGAAGAAGACAGUGAUGAAGAACAGCAGUCUGCUUAUGAGAAACUGUUGUCCACAAUGAUCCAAGGGGCUUAUGACAACAGUGAAGAUGAAGAAAGUAAUGAUGAUGAUGAUGGUGAAGAUGAAGUUGUUGAUGAAGCUGAAGGAGAAAGUGGAGAAGAGGAGGAAGAUGAUUGCGAUGAUAAAGAUGAGGAGGGUGAAGCAUCUGAUGACCCCAAAAGAAAAGAAUGCAGUGAAAAGACAAAUGGAGAUAUAGAGGAUAAUGGACAGGGAGAGAUCAAGGCCGAGUUUACAGAUAAGAAGAAUGAAGCUGCGUUCAGUUUGGAAAGCAACCUGCCUGCAGAGGAAGAGGAGAACUCUGAAGAGCAGAAUGAAGACAUGUUUGUGAAGCAUCAAGAGAUAGAGCUCAGUGAAGAGGAAGUGGGCCGAAUCUCAAAGGGGUCAAAGAUCAAGACCCAGAUUAAGUGGACAAAGAUGGGCACUCUGCAGUGCAUGAGUCCACUGGAACGUUUUCCAGUUUUGGGGCAACCAUCCUCUGCCCCUGUCCCACUCAUUCACAAAACCUUGGAGGCGAAUUGGCACUUGCUAAACCAGUCCUCCCAGCCUGAGGGUGGCGCUGUUCUGGAUGUCACAGAACUCCAGAAGGAGUUGCUCGGGCUCAUGGGUACCUACAGGGAUGUCUAUUUUACAAACAGCUCCCCCUUGAAGGAGGCAAAGGAAGUGCGGAGUGCCUACUGUCUGCAUGCCCUGAAUCAUGUGUUAAAGGCCAACACUCGUGUGCUCAGGAAUAACGGCAAGUUGAAGGGAACUAAAGAUAUGGAAGAGGAUUCUUCUCGGGACCAAGGCAUCACAAGACCAAAGGUUUUGAUUCUAGUGCCAUUCAGAGAUGGAGCCUUGCGUGUUGUCCAGACCUUCAUAACUUUAAUGGAGCCCAAAGGGAAGAAAAUGGACGUCAGUAACAAGAAGAGGUUUAAGGAAGAGUUUGGAGAGGAGCCCGGCGACAUGCCACCCAACCUGCACAGACCUGAUGACUAUCAAGCUGUCUUCUCUGGCAAUGUGGAUGACCACUUCAGGAUUGGUGUGUCUAUCCUGAAACGCAGUAUGCGACUGUACUCUCCGUUCUACUCUUCUGACAUCAUCAUUGCAUCUCCACUGGGUCUGCGCACAGUUCUGGGUGCCGAUGGUGAAAAGAAGAGAGACUUUGACUUCCUGUCUUCCAUUGAGCUUCUCAUUGUGGAUCAGGCAGACGUGUUCCUCAUGCAGAACUGGGAACAUGUGCUGCACGUGUUGAAGCAUUUAAAUCUGCAGCCAUUGGAUUCGCAUGGUGUUGAUUUCUCUCGUGUGCGAAUGUGGAACCUGAACAACUGGGCAGCAUACUAUAGACAGACGCUGGUAUUCAGUGCAGUACAAGAGCCCCAGAUCACCAACAUCCUUUCCAAACACUGCCACAACUACAGGGGCCAGGUGUGCAGUAAAACCAUUCCAAAAGUUGGCUCAAUCUCUCAGGUACUCGUGCAGUUACCGCAUGUAUUCCAGAUGUUUCACUCAGACAGCUUCAUGGAUCAGGAUGCCAGGUUCCAGUUCUUUGUGGAUAAGAUCCUGCCCCAGUACAGAGACUCUAUCAUGUCCCACACUUUCAUCUAUGUGCCGUCAUACUUUGAUUUUGUUCGUCUGCGCAACUUUCUGAAGAAAGAGGACAUCAGUUUUGCUAGUAUUAGUGAAUACUCGCAAAGAUCAGAGGUGUCUCGAGCACGACAUUGCUUCCAGAAAGGAGACAAACAGUUUCUUCUCUUCUCUGAGAGAUUCCACUUUUACAAAAGAAACACUAUUAAGGGCAUCAGUAACUUGAUCUUCUAUGGGUUGCCCACAUACCCUCAUUUCUACAGUGAAGUGUGUAAUAUGCUUCAGGCUGGUGUCAGAGAAGGUUCUGCCAGUUUCACCUGCACAGCCCUGUAUUCCCGAUACGACACACACCGGCUGGCUGCCAUCACAGGGGGCGAACGUGCCUCUCAGAUGCUUCAGUCCAAAAAACCAGUCCACCUCUUCAUCACGGGGGAGGAGAAGAACACAUAAAGGGGUGCUGGAAAAAUGUAAUUUCGCUUCCAUAGAAAAAGAACUCGAUGUACGUUAAUGGACAGGAAGCUAUUUUACCUUCAUUUAAAAUUCAGUCAUGUGACUGAAUGUGAAGACUUAAUUUGUUCUUUUGUGUUCUUUUAUUAAAGGAAUAGUUAACCCAAAAAAGAAAAUUCUGUCAUAAUUUUCUCACCCCCAAGUUCCAUUCCCAAAACACAGAAGGAGAAAUAUUUGAAGAAUCUUCAUGCUCAGUUCAAUCUUCAGCAGUUCAACAGUGACCACAUCUGUCUAUCUCCCAAAAAUAUAUAUAUUCUAAGUUUUCUGAACACACAUGAUGUAGGGACAGAUGAAGGUACAGACCAAAAUUUAAGUCUUUAUUUACUUAUAAUCUUCCCCUGUGACAAAGCAUGCAUCUGGCCUAAGUAUGUCUACUGAAUCCAAAAAUGGCAUUGAGGUAUUGAAAGAAUUUAUCAUUUGUAUGUAAACACUGGGUAGACGUGAGAUUCGGUGAAAGGGAAGAUUAUCAGUGAAUAACAACUUAAAUUUCAUUCUGUUCAUCUCAUCACACUUGUAAUAUAAUGUAUGAGUCAGCAUGAUGGAAUGUAUAUUUUUGGGUGAACUACUACUUUUAAUAUAACUUUCUAAAAAGAUCUUCAUGCAAAAUUUGUGUUCAGCCCAGAUUUUUCAACAUUAUGCUACCAUAUAUAUGUACACACACACACAUACAUACACUACCGGUCAAAAGUUUUGAAACACU